AACAUGUUAUCAAAACGCUUUUCCCGUAUGGCCGUAUGUUGUACUUAUAACAAUAUUAUUAAGUACCUAUUAAAUAUUUUAAAUGGAACUUUAAAUUAAAUUAAAUUUCGUGUUAUUACAGUUGUUCGAGUUUUGUCUCUGUGCGCGUACGCAAUAAAUAACAUAACGCAAUACUUAAGUACAUAUAACUAUACCGGCGACGUUUAGGUCGUCGUUCUCUGAGUAUCCGACACCCGUGUCAUAACAUGAACUUCGAACCGGACUUGAAGCAGUACACCAUGUGCUCGGUGUUGGGCUCGUGUUUCUCGGACCGAGCGGUUGUGUUCCUGGGCAAGCACAACAAGAGCGGCAACCUGGUGGCAAUGAAGAACUUCAACUUGGAUAGCAUGUCGAAAACUGACUGCCAGCUCAUACAGGAUGAGAUCUACAACACUAGGCAACUGAUGCACCCGAACCUCAUACCGUACGUGACUUCCUUUUUGGACAAAAGUCAGCUGUAUGUUGUGUUCCCGCUCAUGGGGUAUGGUUCGUGCAGAGACUUGUUGCGCAACCAUUUCGUGGAAGGAUUGCCGGAAACAGUUAUAGCAUUUGUGCUCAGGGACGUUCUGCAGGGACUUGAGUACAUACACAAUAAAGGGCUCGUGCAUAGGGCUAUAAAGGCAGGUCAUAUAUUGAUACGCGCGGAUGGACAUGCAAGUUUAUCAGGCUUGCGUAGCAUGUGUCCAAUUGAUAAACGGUCAAAUUUACAUUCCUUGCCACUGCAAUCAGCUAACAACUUGAAUUGGUCUAGUCCCGAGAUGCUCGAACAAAAUUUGCUUGGGUACAACGAAAAGUCUGACAUUUACAGUAUAGGCAUAACAUCAUGUGAACUGGCAAAUGGUUUCGUUCCUUUUGCUGAAACCGAUACCACAUUUAUGCUAACACAAAAAGUUAAAGGUCUAAUUCCACACUUGUUAGACUGCACUACAUGCUAUCCAUAUGAAGAUAAUGCAGCUGAUAAUGGAUACCAAUCCGAAGAAACAAUUGGGGUGAAUGCAACACCUGUGAGCAAUGUUUAUACAAGGAUGUUUACGGAGGAAUUUCACAAUCUUGUUGAAUUGUGUUGUCAACGAGAUCCAGAAAGUAGACCUUCUGCGCCCAAUUUGUUGGCUCAUACUUUUACUAAACAAGUGAAGCGAGUGAACGUAAAAGUAACUGAUUUGUUACGGCCGGCUGUACCGCUGUUGAAGACAAAUGUUGCAGAAAUAAGUGAUGAUCUUGCUUCUAUUGGAGGCAUGUCACAACAAUUGAGUGAUCUUGACCUGUUGACAUAUGCAUGGGAUUUUGACCUUAACGACAUAGUACCAACACUAUAAAUGCCUAUUACCAAUAUUAGUAUUAGUUAGCAAGUUUUCAUCCCUAUUAUAUUGUAUGCAAUAUCAUCUAUAGAUUAGUAGAUAGUCUAUAAUAUAUGAAACUUUAAACGUUUAUAUAAUAUUUAGAUCAAUGUAGUACCUACACAACUACUGGAGGUUUAUUUUAUUUGGAUUAUUUAUUUAAAAUUUAAUCUUACUAUAUUAUAUCUUUCAAAUUAAUGUUUGCUUGAAUGUUGAAAAAAAUUUGUAUUCAAUAUUGACUGUAAUGCAGUUGAAUAUUUUAUUUUGAUUUAUGGCUGUUAUUGCUAUUUAUGAAAUAUGAUAAUAACAGUAAUUUUUUUUUGCAAAUAGGUAUUUCAAUUCUACAAUAUAUUAUUCAUAAAUGUUAGUUAAAAAGAUACUUAGCAUUUUGUAUUGGUUUUUGAUAUUAAUGCUUAAUCGUAUGAUUAUACAAUUUGCUUAUAGUAAAUUUAAUAACUAUCUAAUAUUAGGUAUGACAUGUUACUAAACACAAUGUUAUUUUUAUUUGGUGCUUCUAGGUUUUUCCCCAAAAAAUUUGAUCUCUUUUUCUUUUGUUGGUUCAUUAGCAACGCUUUUAAAAGUUAUAUUUGACAAUUUUUAUUUUAUUUUUAAAAACACUAACUAACUUUUUACACUACUUAGCAAUUAUAUUUACAUUUACAUAGCUUUUACAAAUUAGUUUUGUCGUAUAGUUAUGUAACUAGUGUCUUUGUAUAUUGCUACCUAAAUAAAAUAAAAAAAUAUGCAAGUAUGCAACACAUUCUCGACAUUGCUCAAUAUUUCAAAAUAUUAUGUUCGUGUUUGUUUUUGAGUAUAAAAAAAAUUGCAAUUAAUUUUUGAAGCGUUGUGCAUUAUUUUAUAUUCCUUGAUUUAAGUUCUAAAUGUGGUAUUAAAUAUAUUGAAGUUGAAAUAGUAUACAUUUUCUGAAAAUAAUAAUACAUUUUUUAUUCACAUUUAUUAAUUGUUCAUUUUAUGUUGAUGUAUGUUUUAUAUUUACCAAACUACAUUUUUAGUAUUAUUUUUAAAUGUAUAUCUCAUUCUACAAUUAUUUUAAUUUUAAUUAUUAUUUUAUAUUUGUUGUUGUUUAUUAUAGAUGUAAUUUCUACUAUUAUUUGUUCUCAUCUAGUAAAUUAUUCAGUUAUUACUAUUUGCACAAACAUUUAAUAAUAUAAAUGUAUAAGAAAUUGAAUUAAAAAAAUAUAUACACAUGUAUAAUUUUAGA